AGGGCGCCUACCCAUCCCGAAGACGCCGACGGGCUCACCCUCGAUGGCCCUAGUGCCUUCCCCCCCGCGCGACAAGUACCCACCUCUGCCAGACGACAAGUUUCCCUGGAAAGAUCCCCCACCAGUUGUCAUCACGCCCUGCGACCCUUGGCCGCCGCCAUACUACCUUGAGGAUGGCUUACGCAAGGUGACACCGUACCACUACACCUACAAUACCUUUUGCAAGCAAAGAUGGCGGGGAAGAGAGAUCUUGGACAUAUUUGCUAGCGAAUUUCGCGACCGACCUACAGAGUACUAUGAGCAGGCCAUAGUCGAGGGACGCGUCGUGGUCAACGGACAGCCAGUGCCGAGCACAAAGACGAUUGUCAAGAAUGGCGAUGUCAUCUCACAUACGCUCCAUCGACACGAGCCCCCAUGCACGGCCAAAUCGAUCGGUAUCGUCCACGAAGAUGACGACCUCAUUGUCAUAGACAAGCCCGCUGGCAUGCCUGUGCACCCUGCUGGACGCUACAACUUCAACUCCAUCAUCGAGAUCAUGAGGGCAGACCGAGGCUAUGGCUGGAACCCGCUGCCAUGCAAUCGGCUGGAUAGGCUCACAAGUGGCAUCAUGUUCAUUGGCAAACACAAGCGGGCAGCAGAAGACAUGAGCGCCCAAAUACGACAAAGGACAGUCAAGAAAGAAUAUGUCACUCGAGUCGUGGGCGAGUUUCCCGAAGGCGAAGUCGUCUGCGAGAAGCCCAUCCUCCAGAUCAGUCCCAAGCUGGGCCUCAAUCGCGUGCGCGCAAAUGGAAAGGAGGCAUUGACAGUCUUCAAGCGACUCGCUUAUUACCCACCGAAAGAUCCUGAUAGAGGAUCGCAAGGGCCGGACAGUGAGACAGACCCUCAAGGCCAGCCCUGGAAGAAACUUCGCGGUUACUCCAUUGUCCGCUGCUUUCCCGUCACAGGCCGCACCCACCAACUUCGCGUUCACCUCCAAUUUCUUGGCCACCCAAUUGCAAAUGAUCCCAUCUACGCCAACCAACGCGUCUUUGGGCCCUCCCUCGGCCGUGGCCAGUUCGAAUCUGAGAAUGACGAGGAUAUCAUGUCACGCCUUUCGCGUAUGGGUAAGGAAGAAGUCGCUGAUGCUGUCGCCUACCACGAUGAGAUGGUCGAUGCCUACGAAAAAAAGAAGGCAGAACGUAUGACAGGCGAGAACUGCAAGAUAUGUGAUACACCGCUGUACAGUGACCCCGGAGCACAUGAGCUGGGCAUCUAUUUACAUGCGCGGAGGUACCGCUGUGAGGAGGGCAAAUGGGACUAUGAGACUGGCUUGCCCGACUGGGCCUUACCACCACCAGGAUAUGAAGGGCCCACCGAGAGUACGAAAGAAAGCGAUCCACUAGCAAUUGAUCUGAAAAAGCUAGGAUUGGACGAUGAGGACGACGAAAAGGUGGGUACAAAGCCCGCACAAGGGGCCGUAAAUGAAGGACCCGAUGCUGCACCGGAUGCCCAAGCUGCUGCCAGCACUGUACUAUAACUUGUCAAUCUAAUCAAUUUCAUGAUAUCGCUGCGCGUCUCGCCGUGCUUGCUUGUAUUAACAACCUCCCUGUAGGUACCCGGUAUAUAGAACUGGCCCAACUUCCUAUGCUGAGGUAGCCGUCUAAUUGCAAUUUCGAUAUCUUGAUAAUCUCUGCAGCUGUCCUUCUCUUUACUUCCUAGCUGUCUUCGAGUACG